GAAAAAGAGAAGAAGAAGGCCACACGCCAGGGCACACGUUCUCUUUCGGAUUUCUCAAACGUGAUUUUACCAUUUGUACAGGUUUUCAUUUAAAAACUUUUUUUUUGUCUUUUCCAAGUGGAUAUUUUCACGAGACUAGAUUGAAAUGGCUGUCGGAAAGAACAAGGGUCUCUCGAAAGGAGGCAAGAAAGGUCUUAAGAAGAAGAUUGUCGACCCAUUUACGAGGAAAGAUUGGUACGACGUCAAAGCCCCGAAAAUGUUCAAGAACCGCCAGAUCGGGAAGACCCUCGUCAACCGAACCCAAGGAACAAAAAUCGCAUCGGAGGGCCUGAAAGGUCGUGUCUUCCAAGUGUCCAGCUCUGAUCUUCAAGGAGACGAAUACGCCGAAUACUCUUUCAGGAAGUUCGCCCUCGUCGCCGAAGACGUCCAGGGUAAGAACGUCCUCACCAACUUCCACGGGAUGGACUUGACGACGGACAAGCUGAAAAGCAUGGUGAAGAAGUGGCAGACCCUCAUAGAAGCCAACGUAGACGUGAAGACGACAGACGGUUUCCUCCUUCGAGUCUUCUGUAUUGGAUUUACCACCAAGGACCAGAUGUCUCAGAAGAAGACUUGCUACGCUCAGCGGAUGAGAGUGAAAGCGAUUAGAAGUAAAAUGGUAGCUAGCAUCACAAAAGAAGUCAGCGGUUCUGCCCUGAGUGAAGUAGUCGCCAAAUUGAUCCCGGAUUCCAUAGCAAAAGACAUCGAGAAAACUUGCCAAGGGAUUUAUCCCCUGCACGACGUUUAUAUAAGAAAGGUUAAAGUUUUGAAGAGGCCGAGGUUUGACAUCAACAAACUAUUGGAACUUCAUUCCGAAGGUGUCGUCGUGGACGAGUCGGGUCAUACCGUCUCGAGGACGGACACCUACGAACCUCCUGUGCAAGAAUCUGUUUAAUGUAUUUGUACAUUAACUAAAUAAAAUCGUUUUCUUUUAA